AUGGUCUCCACCCGACACCAUCCUCGCGAUUUCCCGCCGCCUGCGACCGCAAAGUCGUCCUCUCCUCCCACCCCGUCAUCCACCACCACCACCAGCAGCGCUAAAGCGAGUGGAAACGGGUGGGUGCAUACCCCGUCGACAGCUGUCACUCUAUGGCUAGUUUUGUCCAUCCCGUUUGUCGCAUGGGACUCGGCCUAUGUGCUCCUGCGCCCACAUAGCAUGCCGGGGAACAAACUUCAUUCUCCCAUUUGGACGCCGUACGCGUUGUACGGGACGAUCGACUACAUCUACGGCUGGCCAGCAUUCAACGCGCGCAACGGUUUCACUGCUGCGCAGACCAUCCUGAACGUCGUCGAAUCGGCUGCCUACAUCUACUAUCUGUGGAUUGUGUAUACCUACGGGACUUCGACAUCGGGUGGUCGCGGAAGCAAGGCGAAAAAGGACGUCAAGUGGCUGUUGACCGCUGAUAAAGUGGUUCCUGGGCGUCUCGGAGCGACUGCACUUCUGGUUGCGUACAGCGCCUCCCUGAUGACGUUGAGUAAGACCGUUCUGUAUUGGUUGAAUGAGUUCUUCUCUGGUUUUGCGAACAUCGGUCACAAUGACGCACUGACCUUGGUGUUCCUCUGGAUCGUCCCUAAUGGUUUGUGGAUUGUUUUCCCCGGUUACAACAUCUACGUACUGGGCGCGGAGAUUGUGGCCUCUCUUGAUAAUGGUACGAUCCGUCGGCGCGCUGGACGGCCCAAGUCAUCGUAA